AUGGAACGCAGGGACAAUUCGUCUCUCUGGAGGUCACCGGAGCAUCAGAGCCUACUGCAUGAAGCCUACCGAGGCUUCGAAAUGGGCCAUGGCCUUCCGUCUGGAUCCACAGCCACACCGGCUCGCACGCCGACGAGGAAGGAGAAGGAUGUCAUCCCUCUGAUCCCUUGUGGGCAAGCAAUUCAUGGGUCUCUGAAGCAAGGCAGCAUGUUCUUUGGGCAUCAGCAUCGGCAGUUUGCCAACCUACCGAUGGCCGAUGGUGCCAUACUAAGCAAGAGAGAGAGAGAAACAUGGGACAAGGAUUAUGAUCCCCUUACUGCCAGGAGGUCAUUUAUGAAUGGGCUGCCAGGAGCAACCAGGUACCUCCAAACACCUCUCCUGAAGACUCAGCAUCUGGAGUUAUGA